GGGGCGUUGGGGCGGAGAGGCAGGAAGGAGCUGUGGAGGACGACGCAGAACCAGACACGGCUCGAGGUUUGGGCCCGUGAGGUAAAGUGUGCCCGCGUGGAGACUAGCAACACAUCUGGGUCUCCUCAGAGUGACACCUGACAGAAGACCCUGCAAGACCCCGGUCCCUAUGUUGACUGAUGGAGAAAAAAAGUAAAUAUGGCUUUGUACAGUUACAAUUCGUUUCUAACUCUUGUCCGAACCCGGCUCCCCAUCUGCUUUGUGCACCCUCCACGCUCUUCUCCUUCCCCAUCCCUCGUGUCUCUGCACUGGCCAGGAGCCCCUGUACGGGCGUACACGAAGAACUCCGGAAGCAGAAGGUACACCUGUCCCAGGCUGUUGGGCCACAGGAUGCUCUGCCUACAAACCCAACUAACUCGGAAGCUGUGCACAUCCACCUGCUGGCUCCAGGAGGAUUCUGGGAAACCCCAGCCGGGGCGAUCCCCAGAAAAGCCGCAGGGGGGCAGCCCUGAGGCCACCGCAGAAGGAAAGCGAUCCUACAGGCAGAGGAUCCUGGAUGAACUCAGAUAUUACUACAAUGGGUUCUAUCUGCUCUGGAUCGACAGCAAAGUUGCCACCAGAAUGGUUUGGAGGCUGUUGCACGGGCAGGUGCUGACCCGACGAGAGAGACGGAGGCUCCUGAGAACCUGUGUAGAUUUCUUUCGCCUCGUCCCGUUUAUGGUGUUUAUCAUUGUUCCUUUUAUGGAGUUCUUAUUACCAGUGUUUCUGAAGCUCUUCCCAGAAAUGUUACCGUCAACUUUUGAAAGUGAAUCCAAAAAGGAAGAAAAACAGAGAAAGAAAAUGGCCGCAAAGUUGGAAGUAGCAAAAUUCCUUCAAGAAACCAUCACGGAAAUGGCAAGGAGGAACAAGGCAAAGUUGGGUGAUGCCUCCACGCAACUCUCAUCCUACGUCAAACAGGUGCAGACAGGCCACAAGCCCAGCACAAAGGAGAUAGUUCGCUUUUCCAAGCUCUUUGAGGACCAACUCGCCCUAGAGCACUUAGACCGAUCCCAGCUGGUGGCGCUGUGCAAACUGCUGGAACUGCCGACUUUCGGGACCAACAACCUGCUCCGCUUUCAGCUCCUGAUGACACUGAAGUCUGUAAAAGCAGAUGAUGAAGCAAUUGCCAAAGAAGGCUUGAGGACUCUGAGUGUGUCUGAACUACAGGCCGCCUGCCGGGCCCGAGGGAUGUUAUCGCUGGGCCUCACGGAGGAGCAGCUGCGACAGCAACUCACGGAGUGGCUGGACCUCCACCUGAAGGAGAACGUCCCUCCUUCUCUUUUGCUGCUGUCACGCACCUUCUAUCUGAUUGAUGUGAAGCCGAAGCCAAUUGAGAUACCGCAGAGUGGGGAGGCUCCCAAGACAGACAUGGACCUGCCUGCUUCCUCGGACUCCAGAGAACACAUGGUGGACUCCACCCCUCAGCUGAAGGGGACCAAGGAUGAAGAAUUCAGACAAGCGCCACCACCAGCACCGCCCUCCCCCCUAAAACCAUCGGCAUCUGUCCCGUUACCCAAAGGACCCAUCACUUCUUCCAAAGAAGCAACACUGCAAGCUGAAUCCCGGCAGAAGUCUCAGAACAGCAAAGCUAACUCAAAGGGAGCCUAAGGACGCCAGAAGGAGGAGGGCGCUCACUCUCUCCAGCUUCCGGCUGCCAACGGUGGUGACCAUUGAGGGGCUCCCAGCUCCGACCGACCUGCCAAUCCUGUGUGUGAUGGCAGAUAGAGUCCUCGGGGGCCUUAAGAACCAUCGUAGAUGAUGUUGGCAGCAAGACCCAGUUCAGUGCCUCUUUAGAGGAAUAGGCCUACAGAGUCCAUCUCUGUGCCAUUAAGCACCCACUGGGCUGUGCCCAUCCUCCCUCCCUCCACAAACAUGUACCCACUGGGCAGUGUGUGAGCAGCAUACAAGCUGUCCUCAUGCCCUGGGAUGGGAGAUGGCUUGCAGAAUGGAGUCAGCCUGGUACACUGACACCUCCACUAGGAACGUGAGAGACCCCUAACGGUAGCAGUAGGACCCACAGGUAGAACAGGGUUCCAGAAGGCGCAGUGCCUUCUGAAACAGCAGAGAUGAACUGCCCAGGAAGGUCUAACCGUACAGAAGGAGAAACGGAAGAGUUACAGAGAUUGGCAACAACGGGCUUGGCUGCGGCUUCACUGUUUGGACAGGCCUCGUCCCCUUGGACCGGUCUGUUUGCAGACGGCUACAGGAAAUCUGGGAGGCGGCCACUGGCCCAGCACAUGUGGCUUUCAUUAAGCCACCAUUUUGUAGGAAACAUAAUUAAGGGCUUAAGGCUUGACCAUUUGUUUGUGCCGAGCGUGUCUGUUUCUGGUCCGUUUGUCUUUCACAAGAAGACUGUGUGUCAGUCUCAGGGGCCGCAGAAGCCCACGACGAACCCCGUGCGUCCCAGGAGCCAGCAUUUCAUCCGGAUGCUCACGGACGCAGCUGACCGACAGCUUUCCUCCCCUGAGAAGGGUAAAAAGUAUUUUGGCCUGUGGUUGAUAAAAUUAGAUUUCUUGUUGGGAAAUUGAAGAUCUC